UCGAGGUCUCUUCUCAAGGACUGAGAGAGAAUUCACUUUCAUGUACGUGAGCGCAAGGAGGACCCUCUUUGGAGUUUUCUCCUUUUCUUUUCUUGAUUUUGCUAGAAAACAGACGUCCCUGUAUAGAAGGUUCUGGCUGCAGAGGGAAAGGUUUGCCCAGUAGUUAAGGUGCUACGUUAACCUGCACAGAUCCAGGUUUUGCUCUGUGUGAAGUCAGAGGGAGCCAUGGCCACAGACAACCCCGUGGAAAGUCUCCAGGAGGAAGCUAUGUGCCCCAUCUGUCUGGAGUAUUUUAAGGACCCAGUGACUAUAGACUGUGGGCACAAUUUCUGCCGAGCCUGCAUCGCCCAGUGCUGGGAGGGAUCGAAUACAGACGUCUCCUGCCCUCAGUGCAGAGAAACUGUGCAGCAGGGAAACCUCAGGCUGAACAGGAAGCUGGCAAAUAUUGUAGAAAUGGUCAAACGGCUGAGUUUACAGGCAGCAAAGGGAGCAGGCGAGGAGACGGUGUGUGGGGAACACCAGGAGACUCUGAAACUGUUCUGUGAAGAGGAUCAAACUUCUGUCUGUGUGGUUUGCCAUCUGUCCCGGGCUCACAGAGAUCACAGGGUGGUUCCCAUAAAGGAGGCUGCCCAGGAGUACAAGGAGAAACUCCAGGGAGCCCUGGACCCUCUGAGGAAGGAGCUGGAAGAGGCCCUGGCUCUGAUGUCUGCAGAGGAGGAGGAGAUCACAGAGUGGCAGGGGAAAGUGAAGAAUAGGAGAGAGAUGAUUGCAGGUGAAUUUAACAAACUGCACACACUGCUGAGAGAGGAGGAGCAGCUGCUUCUGCAGAGCCUGGAGGAGGAGGAGAGGGAGACUCUGCAGAGACUACAGGAAAAUGUAACCAAACUCUCCCAGCAAAGCUCCUCUCUGCAGCAGCUGAUCACAGAGAUCGAGGAGAAGUGUCAGCAACCAGUUGUUGAGCUGCUAAAGGAUGUGAAAAGCACAUUGAGCAGGAGUGAGAAUGUGAACCUCCAGGAACCAGAAGCUGUUUCUACUGACCUGAAGAACGUGUAUAAAAUUUCUCUUGACAUGAGGGAAGCGCUGCAGAGAUUUGGAGUGGACGUGACUCUGGAUCCAGACACGGCACAUCCCCAACUCAUCCUGUCUGAGGACCGGAAACGUGUGAGACACGGAGACGAACGCCAGGAUCUGCCUGACAAUGCUGAGAGAUUUGAUAGAUAUACCAUUGUCCUGGGCAAUGAGGGGUUCGCGGGUGAGAGGCAUUACUGGGAGGUGGAGGUGGGAGACAAACCUUACUGGGUGCUGGGGGUUUGUAGGGAAUCUGUGAGCAGGAAGGGGCAGGUCACACCCACACCUGGGAAUGGAUACUGGGUCAUGGUGCUGAGGGAUGGAGGAUAUGAGGCCUGCACCUCCUCCUCGAUCCCCCUCCCCGUGAGCGUCAGGCCCAGCUGGGUGGGGAUUUUCCUGGACUAUGAGGCGGGCGAGGUCUCGUUUUACAAUGUGACUGACAGGUCCCAUCUCUUCACUUUCACUGACACCUUCUUCGGGACACUCCGCCCUUUCUUCUAUCCUGGUCUCAACGCUGGGGGCACAAACGCGGCUCCCCUGAUAAUCUGCCCGGUCCCAGCUCAGGCCGGAGGGACUCUCGGUCCCUGA